AUUGUAAAUGUGUGGAUAACCUUAGCUAGAUUACUCGUCAAACUUAGUUUAGUUUCAUAAUUAGCAGUAUUCACACGAUGCUGAGUCCCAGUUUUUGUUGUUUUAUUAUUAUUUUGCUCCUAAUUUAUUACUGGUUCGAGCGGAAAAGUAACUACUGGAAGAGAAGACAUGUGAAAUAUUUAACACCAAUACCAUUUGUUGGUAACUAUAGUGCAUACAUCUUCCAAAAGAAAACGAUAGGAGAAACUGUACGAAAUAUUUGCCAAAAAAUGCCUGAAGAACCUCUGAUCGGCGCCUUCUACGGGACUGAGCCCGUGCUGAUCGUGCAAGACCCCGAGUACAUCAAACUCGUCACGACGACAGAUUUCUACUACUUCAACGGCAGAGAAGUUUCCGAUCACAUACAUAAGGAAAUUCUGACCAGAAAUUUAUUUUUCACUUACGGCGACAACUGGAAUUUAUUCAGGAAAAAUCUUGCACCGUUUUUUUCUCUGGGCAAUAUGAAGAAUAUGUUUCCUUUGAUAAAGGAGCAUUCGAAGUCUCUAGAGCAGCUGUUGGAGUCGGAAACUAGAACAGGUGAUCUACUGGACGCGAGGCACCUCAUGAUGAGGUACACGUUGGACUGCAUCUGCUCCUGCUCUCUGGGAAUGGAUCCCAAAGCUUUGAGUUCCACUGAUAGUGAUCAUCCAUUUAUAAAAGUCGGCCACAUGAUUUUCUUAAAUACGAUUUCCAGGGGAAUACAAACUGUUUUCAGAGCUAUCUGGCCAAGUAUUUUUUACGCUCUCGGUUUCAAAAUAUUUCCACUCCAUAUUACAAACUUUUUUAUGGCUAUUGUAUCCAAACAGAUACAUGAAAGAGAAGGCAAGCAAUCGCAGCGGCACGAUCUUAUAGAUUUUGUGGCUGCUCUGAAAAAAGAAAACUACAUUACCGGGGAGAGUAUCAAAAAGUACAAAAGUUCCACCAAUAAUGAAAAGAUUCAUAUGAAGGUUGACGAUGAGAUAAUUGUACCUCAACUGAUAUCAAUAUUUGCUGCUGGAUUUGAAACUUCAGCUACUACUAUGACGAUGGUGCUAUUUGAGCUGGCUAAACAUCCAGACAUACAACAGCGUGUUUUGAAUGAAGUUGACAAAUACAAUAAUGACAAUAAUGGUAAUAUUGAUUUUGACUGUACCAAAGACUUGCCUUACCUUGACCAAUGCAUUCAAGAAACGCUACGACUGUACCCCGUGUUGCUGGCAGUCACUAGAGAAGUAUUCGAAGGGUACACAUUUCCAAACGGAGUCCGAGUUGAUCGUGGUCUCAGAGUUCAUAUUCCUGUGUUCCACAUUCACAGAAACCCUAAAUAUUUUAAAGAUCCGGAUGUUUUUGAUCCUGAUCGAUUCUCACCCGAAAAGAAGCAAAUGAUUCUCCCCUUCACCUAUAUGCCAUUUGGUAAAGGACCAAGAUUUUGUAUAGGGUCAAAAUUUGCUCGAAUGCAAAUGAUGGCGGGUUUGGUGGCCAUUUUCAAGAAGUACCGUAUUGAAUUGCCGGGUGGAGUCUCCGGACUUGUGGAGUUCGAACCGAGGUCUAUGUCCACUCAGACCAAAACUGGAGUUCAUUUGAAAUUGAUUUUUAGACAUAACAAGAUGGAAUAGAUAUACGAGUAGCUUAAGUAUCUACUUGUGUGUAUCUAUACAGCUAGAUAUAUAAUAUAAAAUAAAGUUUACUAUUAUUUUUUAAAUACCUAUGUGUUAAACCAAUUGAGAACAUUGAGAUGUGUAAACUGCGCGUGAGUGGUAUAAAGUAAUAUAGUAAAAAAUAUUUAUGACACAA